GAAGUGACAGAGCGGCUGCACUUUUUUGUUUGGAUAUUUUGAUAGAAUUCACAGUUCAAAUCAGAGAGAGAGAGAGAGAGAGAGAGAGAGAGAGGAAGAUGGCAACGGCAGAUUCUCCAAACAACAAUAUCGAUCCCAAUCUCGAAGAAACCAAUCAAAAUCAAAACCCUAAUUCUAAUUCUUCAAAUGAAUUAAUUGUUCCUGAGUCGAGCUCUCCGGCCGUCUGCCUCAUCCGCUUCGCCGGUGACUCUGCCGGCGGUGCCUUCAUGGGCAGCAUUUUUGGCUACGGUUCGGGAUUGAUUAAGAAGCAAGGCUUUAAAGGAUCCUUUGUGGAGGCUGGAUCUUAUGCCAAGACAUUUGCAGUCCUAUCUGGAGUGCACAGUUUGGUUGUCUGCUUUUUGAAGAAGCUUCGAGGGAAGGAUGACGUCAUCAAUGCUGGAGUGGCUGGAUGUUGCACUGGUCUUGCUUUAAGUUUUCCAGGAGCGCCGCAGGCUCUUUUACAGAGCUGCCUGACUUUUGGGGCAUUCUCAUUUAUUAUUGAAGGGCUUAACAAGCAGCAACCUGCACUGGCUCAUUCAUUUGCUGUGAGAAAAAAGCGCCACUACCAUGAUGCAUCUCGUCUUGAGUACCGUAAUGCUCCUCAUUCCUUUUCUCUGCCUCUUUCAGUCGCUCUACCAAAUGAACUGAAAGCAGCAUUCUCUUUUUUCUGCAAGUCCUUAAAGAAACCAACUGGCAAUUUUCCUGCUUCCACCUGAUAAAAGAUUUGGAAAAUGAUUAAUCAAUUAUGUUUGCUUUUAACAUUCUGUAGAUUUUUGGUGGUGAAGGUUUACCAUGUAAAGCUGUAGUUAGAUUCUGAAGCUUCCUGGAAGCUCUAUCGAUGAAAUGGUUCUAUGCAUUUAUGCUUUUCAUAGAAUUUUGGCCUGCUAUGUUUAAAUUUGAAGUUGUUGAUUAA